AUGAUCAGUGACCUGACAGAAAGCAUCGUUUUGGUUCAUGGUGAGGACGCCCUAGAGUCCGUACUGGCUGAGAGUGUCAUCUUCGCCCUGUUGUCGGAGCGUCGCCUGGGCCCUCGCCUCUACGGUGUCUUCCCUGGUGGACGACUUGAGCAGUUUAUCCCUGCUCGCUCACUGUUCACCAGUGAAUUGGCAGACCCUGAACUGUCAUCCAUCAUAGCCACUAAAAUGGCUAACAUCCAUGCACUCAAUGUUCCUAUCAGCAAAGAGCCCACAUGGAUAUGGAAUACAAUGGAGAA